AUGUCAAGAGUAGCACAGUUAGAUUCGCAUAUCUUGGACGAUGAACUGUAUUCAGGACUAUUACAUGAUCUGAGUAAUGCCAUUUUUGCAGGAGAUGAUGACAACCAUGAGACGAGACUUGCUCGGUGGAAGAAUACAGAUGAAUGGAGGUUAGUAUGUGAUGCUCUACUGUAUAUGUUUGUUGUGAAGAAAAGAAAAAGUGGGCAGAUAUUACUAAAAGACAAGGAGCAACAAUCAGGGGAAGAGGUCGAUGAAACUUAUGGAACUAGAUUAAAUGGUUUAUCUUAUAAAUCACCCUUGAGAGGUACCCUUUUUCUAACGACAGUCUUAAUUAAAUACCUUUUAGCGAAAUCUGAUAAACUGUUACCUUCUGCACACCAACAACGCUUUCUUAAAUGGUUACGUUUACUCACAAGUUUGGCGGAAUUUUUCAAUUUUGCAAAUUUUAUAGUGACUGGUAAUUAUAUAUCGAUAUUACACAGAUUACUACGUCUGAGGAUGACCCCUGACGAUGUCAAUGUCAUGAUUACAUCUGGACAAUUCUCACAACAGAGCCGUCUAGCAACUAUGGAGGUCCAGAACCGACAGUUGUUAUGGAAUGCAGUUCUAGAAUUGCUGAAUAUGGCUAUAUUGUUACCAAACUCAAGGACAAUAUUCCACUCAUGGCAAGAGAAAUCUAACAAGAACUCCAUAACAAACACUAUAGCCUCUAAAACAGGUAUACGACAAUGUCCAUUGUGUAAUGAACCCCCAAAUAAUCCUUAUAUUUUAUAUUGUUGUCAAGCAACUUAUUGUUACUGGUGUUGUUGUAAAGUGCUCGAAUGGAAACAAUGUUCUAAUUGCAAAAAGAAAGGGCUUCUUCAAGCAUCUCCAUUAUAUAGUACUUUAUAG